CUUCCUAUGUGAGGCAUACGUAAGGAGGCAGUUUUCCCACUUUUACUUUGCAACCACUUGAUAUUCCUUAUCUCUGCAGCUCAGUACCAAAAUCACAAAGUGAAAUGGCCAACGAAGACAGACACAAACUUGUUUGUCUUUGAGACAGACCUGUUUGUAUUUUCGAAAGGGGUUGCUUAAGAACAAACCUGCUCAGUGCCAUUUAACUCCAAAAGGCCCUUUAGAAUGAUUGUGUAGAUAUGAGAGGCUUUUGAAAGGUGGGUGAAGGAGCUAAAAGCCAUAUGAGGAGUCCAUUAUUGGGUCUAGUGUUGGAGGAAGCCCCCUGAUCUGAUGGUAUCAGUGCCUUAGGGCAGGGAAAGUGAACGGAACAAAUGCUAUCAGGCAGCAUCGACUAAAAAAAGAGGAUCUCUAUCUCUGUCCAUGAAACUCAGAGUAGCCCAAAGCAAAAGCACACGCAUAAUACCACAGAUACACCCACACAGAGACACACAGACACAAGUAUAUAAUUCAGCUCAAGGGGUCUCAGCAGCUUACCUGAAGACUAACCAGCCAAAACAGACGUGCAAGGUAUCGCAGCAGAGAAAGCAGGAUGAUGGAAGAAAAAGGAAGAGAGAAUGGAGUGGCAGCCAUGAAAGCCUGCUACCGGAGAUUUGAUCCUGCCGCGUAUCUACAGUACAACUACACUCCACCACGGGCUGACUUCACAAGAAAAGACAGCAUUGUGCCGUGGAAACUGGCAUGCCUGCACAGAGCUUUUACUGAAGGUGAUAUGAGUGGUGAGCUCCUCGUGGACAUAGGUUCAGGUCCCACCCUGUACCAGGUGAUGAGCGGCUGUGAGGUUUUCAGUAAACUGCUCCUGACAGACUUCCUGGAGGUGAACCGGCAGGAGCUGAGGCGCUGGCUGCAGGAUGAGGGACAAUGCAGUCUUGACUGGACACCAUACCUACAGCACGUCUGCGAACUGGAGGGACGAAGGCCCUCAGCGUGGACUGAGAAAGCUGCAAAGCUACGUCAGGUCGUCGCAGACAUCCUCCCCAUUGACGUGCACUGCUCUCAGCCCCUGGCUCCUGACGCCCUUCCUUCGGCAGGGGCCGACUGUCUGGUGUCCUGCUUCUGCCUGGAGAGUGUCAGCCCUGACCUCGCUGCCUUCACCAGGGCCCUUGGCCACAUCGGGAAGCUCCUGCGCCCUGGUGGGCACCUCAUGCUCAUCGGAGCCCUCGGGGAGAGUUAUUAUUUUGCGGGGCCUGGGGUGAGGAUCCCAGUGGUCCCGCUGAAUGAGGCCCAGGUCUGUACUAGUUUGAAGGAGAGUGGAUACACUCUGAUCCGACUGGAGGUUUACACACUGACUCAGGAUAUGAGGGUGGGGGUUGAUGAUGUGACUGGAGUGUUUUUUGUAAAGGCAAAGAAGGAUUAA